CGAAAGCCAUGUCCUCCCCUUCCCCAAGAUGGAAGCCUCUUCCCUUCUCCUCUCCUCCCCUCCGCCUAUAUCUUUCUCCCCAUCUCACCACCACCGCCUUCAUCCAUCCUUUCUCUCUUCUCCAUCUUGCUCUCCUUCUUCGGUGUUCUCCGGUGAGGGAGGGGGGCGGCGGCGACGGCGACCAAAAUGGGGCGAGGGAAGAUUGAGAUCAAGCGGAUCGAGAACUCCACCAACCGGCAAGUAACCUUCUCCAAGCGGCGGAAUGGGAUCAUCAAGAAGGCCAGGGAGAUCAGCGUCCUCUGCGACUCCCAGGUCUCCGUCGUCAUCUUCUCCAGCUCCGGCAAGAUGUCCGAGUACUGCAGCUCCUCCGCCACGCUGUCGCACAUGCUGGAGAGGUACCAGCAUAACUCCGGCAAGAAGCUUUGGGAUGCCCGGCACGAGAAUCUGAGUGCUGAGAUCGACCGGAUCAAGAAAGAGAACGACAACAUGCAGAUCGAGCUGAGGCAUUUGAAGGGUGAGGAUCUGAACUCACUGCACCCAAAGGAACUCAUUCCAAUUGAAGAUGCCCUCCAGAAUGGUCUCAUCGGAGUUCGGGAUAAGCAGAUGGAGUACUUGAAGAAGCUCAAGAAAAAUGAGAGAUUGCUGGAAGAGGAGAACAAACAUCUGACUUAUCUAUUGCGCCACCAGGAAUUGGCAAUGGAUGCAAAUGUAAGGGAAUUGGAGCUUGGAUAUCCCCCAAAAGAUCGGGAUUUUGCAUCCCAGAUGCCACUAGCCUUCCAUGUGCAACCAAUCCAGCCUAAUUUGCAAGAGAACAAUUAAUAUAAAAGUUCUCAUUAUGUUUAGUUGGUCUUCUCUUUUGGUGCUAAAUUGUCUGCAGACAUGUAUUGUCUGUUAACUCUUGUAUUUUUCUGCACUCUCUCUGUUUCCCCUCUGUUGAAUCAGCAAAAGAACUCAUUAUGAUGUGCUAAUAGAUGCCCGGUUUAGCUUUAUUAUACCCGGGAGGUUGUUAUAGUAUAAUGAUUUUCAUGUGGUAUUCAUAUUCAUAUUACAGACCUUAGCAUCAUUGUGCUGAUAUAGAACAUUAUGUAUAAGACCUGUAAUUA